AUGUUCACCAACGGACAGGAUUUUCUGCCUUUUGUGGAGGCGAAGACGCUCGUAUCAACAAAGUUAAACCGGUCAGAACCUAAUGGACUCAAUGUCCUCAAAACGCAAUCUCUAUCAAUCCAUGUCACACUCAGACAAGUGACAGACGCUCUGGAAGUGUCCAAUUUAUUGGAAAUUGAACGAGAGAUCGAGUGCACGCCAACACAGCAGGGUUUCCUCGAGCGCGAGAAGGACUCUUCCACCAAAAGCAUCAUCCGCUUGGACCUGACGUCCGGCAUCGUGAGAAGCUACGAGCAUCUCUCGGAGACGUGGCAUGCCCUUGCCCAGGAACACGAUAUCUUGCGAACCAUCUUCAUCAAGGAUGAGACUACUAAGCCCCCUCGAUUCCGACAACGAGUUCUUAAGAGGGCGAAUCAGGUGCGAAUAGGACUUCUCCACGAGAGUCAAUAUUCUGAUCCACUUCAUGAGCGGGCUUCCCUGGUGCUUGAAUGGGACAAUGGUGCCCCAACGGUAUAUAUCUGCCUUCGUCCUACUCUAGUGGAUCGAACUUCUCUGGUAUGUCUAUGGAAAGACUUCUUAACCAUGCUGGGUGGAGGCGCCUCCAUUUCUCGGCUACCCUUCUCAAGCUAUUCACAAAUACUCAACUCCCGGAAUCGAGAAGACUCUCGAAAAUUCUGGAUGCAGAAUUUGGAAAAUGCUGCACCAGUUUCUCUUCAUUGUGUUCCCCUAGAGCGACAGCACGUAUUUCGGACCACCGAGUCAAGUACAUCUACCCGCAUUCGUACCUCAGACUUGAAUAGUCUUUCAAGCAGACUUGCAUUACCCGAUUCCACAGCCGCGGUAUAUACGGCCUUUGGUAUUACUUUGGCCCAGCACUGCCAAGGGAGUGGUGAAACGAUUGUGUUUACCGUGGAAGGACGAGAUCGUACUGUGGAGGGCCAUGACUCAGUUGUGGGAAUUGCAGACCAGGAAUAUCCACUCAAGCUUGACCUAAAUACCGGCGGUUCAGUAUCUGAAGCGAUUCAGCAAACUAACUCGCUGAAUGUCGUAUCUUCAUCUCACGCAUUUCUUGGGCACAAGGAGAUCCAAUCAAUACACCCUUCCGCGCGCUGUGACUUUAAGGUCCGAAUAUCAGAACAAGGAGAGGCACCCGAGCUGAGAGACAGGGGCUUUCCCGUUACCGUCAAUGUUCAGAUGGGCCCCUCAGUGUUGAUUUCAGCGCAACAUGAUACUGCAAUUCCAGAGGACAAGAUGAGGGUAAUCCUUGAUCAUUUUAAAACAGCUCUUGCGAGUCUGGUGACCAAUUCCACAGCACCACUAGAUGAAGUUCAGCUUAUAUCUCCGGAAGAACAUGCAUUCAUUCUAGAGAUGGGGAAACCGCUCACCGAACCUGUUCAGGACAACGUCCACAAACUGUUCGAAUACCAAGUUGAGAAAACUCCGGAUGCACCGGCUGCGCAGUUCGAACAGGAUCCUCCAUUGACAUAUGACCACCUUAAUCGUGUAUCCAAUCAGGUUGCCAGACAGUUGUCCUCUAGCCGGGGGUCAUUCGUGCCCGUCUGUCUGCACCGGUCCAUCAACUUGGUAAUCUCCCUACUGGCGAUCUUGAAGACAGGAGCGGCGUACGUCACGCUUGACCCAGAGACACCCAAUGAGCGUAAUAGGUUCAUUGAGAAGGACGUCGGGGCGCAAUUUACAAUUGUGGAUCGGCUCUCAGCUGGCCGGUUUGCGAACGAAGUGAUUAUAGAGGAUCUCAUAGAAAACUCACAUCUUAUCGAAGACACAAAUCUGGCCCGUUUCUGCGAGCCAAGCGACGCAGUUUACGUGAUUUAUACAUCUGGCUCAACUGGAAACCCGAAGGGCGUUCUACAUAGGCACUCCUCGGCCACAUCCGGACUCUCAGCCUUCCCAACUCUCCCCAACCUCCGCCAGCUCCUCUUUCAUAAUCCUGUCUUCUCUGCAGCUCAGCGUUCGGUGUGGUCGACUUUAAAACAAGGUGGUUGUCUUUGCCUCGCUGGCAAAGAAAAUCUUACAGUGCACAUUGGUCGUACCAUCAACCAGAUGAAGAUCAAUGUCAUUGACGUGACUCCAUCCACUGCACUCCUAAUUACCCCCGGCACGGUUCCUUGCCUACGACGCAUGACUGUAGCAGGAGAACUGAUCAACCCAGCGCUGAUUCCCAUGUGGGUGAAUGAAGUCGAAUUGCUCAACGCAUAUGGCCUGAGCGAGAACACACAAGUAAAUUGGCGACGUGAGAUGGUCCUGGGUCAGAAUCCACAGAACAUUGGUCGGCCCAGUGAUACAACUACAGCAUUCGUUCUCAUCCCUGGGAGCACUAAGCUGUCCCCAUUGCUCACUCCGGGUGAGUUGUGUCUGGGUGGUAAUCAACUUGCUGUUCAUUAUAUCAACCGACCCGAGAAGACUGCCGAGGCAUUUAUCCAGAAUCCUUUUGGCCCUGGCCGCCUCUACCGCACGGGAGAUAUGGUAAUUGCGCAUGAGGAUGGCUCUAUCGAAAUGGUCGGUCGGAUCGACUUCCAAGUGAAGAUUAAUGGGCAGCGAGUCGAGCCGGGUGACUCCAACACCAUAAUCCAGACGCAUGCCGCAAUAUACACCUCUAGCGUUGUCUCUGCAAAAAUAGAGGAACAGAGAGUACUGGUGGCUGUGGUAGUCCCAAAAGAGGAGCCAAAUUGGCCUGUGCUGCGUUCGGAGCUCAAGGAACUCCUCAAGAAGCACAUACCCACCUAUAUGAUGCCGACCUACUGGCUGUGGGAGAAGGAGCUUCCGCUCAACAUCAACGGUAAAGUUGACAUUCCGAAGUUGGCUAAGUACGUCGAGAACCUCGGAAGAGACCAUAUGUUGCGAUUUUCCUCUGAUCACUAUCAUCAACCUCAAACCAAUGGCCACAGUAAUGGACAUACCCCUGGACAUGUCGAUGGAGACUUGGAGACGCCCAUAGCAGACAUACUGACAGAGAAUCAGGCUACUCUGCGUCAAAUCUGGGCCACGGUCUUGUCUCUUCCAGUAGAGCGCAUAUCUCCCCAUGAUAACUUCCAGUCUCUGGGAGGGACCUCUUUGAAUGCCAUUCAAGCAUCUUCUCAGGCCAAUCGGGGUGGACUUGAAGUAUCUGUCCCUGAUAUCCUUGGCCUUUCACUGAGUAAUAUCACUCCGCGUGAGAAACAUGUCAAAGCUGCAGAGAUCUCGGCCGGCAUCGCUCCUUUUUCUCUCCUACCUAAUAAUACCAAGUUCAGCCGAGAUAAUGUGGAGGACGCCUUCCCAACAACCUCCCUCCAAGAAGGCUUCCUAAUGGAUUCUCUAAUGGGCAACUCAACCUACGUUUACCGACGCUACUAUCGUAUCCAGGGAAGGCAACUGGGUGAUAUUCUUGCUGCAUUGGAGAAAUUGUCAUCACAUCAUCCGGUCCUCCGCACUACCUUUGUGGCCAACAAAACGUCAUACCUCCAAGUCAUCCGUAAAAAGGUGCAGCUGUCCUGGAAGAACCUUGAUAUGACUCCUCAAGAGUUCUCUAGCAGACCCAAACAUAUCGUAGAAUUUGGCGGGAACUUCAUUGAUUUUACAGCACUGCAGGGAGAUGUACUUGCCAUCACCGUGCAUCAUGCCCUGCUCGAUUAUUGGUCCAACAGCUUCUUUGUGGACGACCUGGUAGCCACCGUGUUGGGUCAACCACUGGUGAGCCGUCCAAGUUUUGCCAAGUUUAUUCAAUAUACCCGGGACCAGCAGAACGAUGGUGGGCUCGAGAAGUUCUGGCAAGAAAGCUUGCGCGAUGCCACUCCAUCUCUGCUCGGGGGCCGAGCACAAGAGAACAACGCCGUGCGUUUGCAGAUCAAUCACGAUCUUUCAUCCUUCGCGGCGAUGAACAAGGUCUCUGUCGGUUCAUUGAUCUACGCUGCAUGGGCGAUUGUCCUCUCUUUGCAUACUUUCCAGCAAGAUCUGGUUUUCGGUAUCACUCUAUCUGGUCGAGAUGUGCCCGUGGAGGGUAUCCUCGAGAUUUCAGGGCCAACAAUAACGACAGUGCCUUUCAGAGUACAGGUUGACCCCGAUAUAUCAGUAGUCGAGUUGGCGAAAAGAAUGCAAGAGGAUAUGUGGAAUAUCUCCUCGCGGGCACAUUAUGGCUUGAGAAAUAUCCUGCGCGCUUCAGGUCAGAAAACAACUCUCUAUGACACAGUUGUUAAUGUCUUGACCCGGGAAAAUGAAUCGAAGUUGACUCAAACAUACAACAUACUCAACCCUUCCCCACCGUACGAGCCCAACUAUCUUAAUCAGACUAUGCUUGAGGCCGAGUCUGUGUCUGGAAGUCUUGAGUUGCGCCUUUUAUCCUCCAUACCAUCUCAGAGAGCCUCAUUCAUCCUUGGAAACGUUGCUCAGAUCCUCAGCGCAGUGCUUGAAUCACCUCUAAAAACGAUCAGGGAGAUAAAUCCUACUUCAGAAGAAGAGGAAGCUUUCCUAGACUCGCUAUCACUUACAAGACCGGUUCAGUCGGAUCAGCUGGCACACUCACUACUCCAGCAAAUGGCUGUUCAAUACCCUGAUCGACUGGCUGUACAGGAUGCUUCUGGUAGGCGAUUAUCAUACGCACAAUUCCAGUUGGCAGUGAACAAUCUCGCGUCUUAUCUUCGGACUAGAGGGGUGAAAACAGAAGAUGUAAUUCCUCUCUGCCUCCAAAAGUCUGUCAACACCCUCAUCGCCGUGUUUGGUGUGCUCAAGGCGGGAGCAUCGUUUACACCGUUAGACCCAAAAAACCCUCCUGCCAGAAACGAAUUUAUAAUCCGCGACGUGGGUGCGCAUUUCGCAAUUACUGACUCUUAUAACAUAAGCAAAUUCGCUUCUUUCUCUGGCGAGAUCAUUAACAUGGAUCAGAUGGAUCUGAAUACUCGAGCCAAUACAGCUGAGAAUCUGGCCCUUGCCGGAUUUAGUGCCGAUAACCUUGCCUAUAUUAUAUACACCAGCGGAUCGACUGGUCUUCCGAAAGGUGUGCAGGUAUCCCACAGGGCUGUCUCUGCUUCAACGCAGGGAAUGAUUGAAGCCUGUAAGGUUGACAAGGAGUGGAAUGUGCUUUGGUUUCUCAAUUAUGUGUUUGAUGCGUCUUACUUUGACGUGUUCACCGUACUCGGAGUUGGAGGAUCUAUAUCCGUCGCCGACCAGGAUACAAUGAUCAACGACCUGGCUACGUGCGUUAAUAAAUUCAAUGUCACUCAGCUUAUGGUCACGCCUACCAUUUCCAAACUGAUUUCACCGGAAGACGUGCCCAGUCUGCGCACUCUUUUGGUCUGUGGCGAGCCAAUCACACCCGACGUGAUAUCAGUCUGGGCAACGAGGAUGGAUGUUUACAAUGGAUAUGGUUGGCUCUGCUCCCAAGCCUCUCUUAUGGAUUUGUAUACUGAAAGCAAUAUAGGACCCACAGAAGCAACCAUUCUCAUGACUGUAUCCAAGGUAAAACCAGAUGGGAGCCUCAAGAGUAUAGGCUAUCCCCUCAAAGCCGUCAAGGCUUCGAUCCUUCACCCAGACUCCCUAAGCCCUGUUCCCUGGGGCACUGUCGGAGAACUCUGCGUGAGCGGGGCCCAGGUGGCUCGAGGAUAUCUCAACCGCCCUGAUGUCACCGCUUCAGCUUUCAUCGGGGCCCCAGGCGAAUCUGUGCUGUAUCGUACCGGUGACUAUGCACGCUGGUUGCCGAAUGGAGAGAUUGAAUGCCUCGGGCGUAAGGAUAAUCAGAUCAAAUUGAAUGGUUUUCGGAUUGAGCUGGGAGAGAUUGAGAAUGUGAUCCGCAGCAAAGCUGAGGAUUUGAUCCAAGCGUGCGCCGUGGGUGUCGCACUAGUCCUUGGCAAGAAACAAAUCGUCGUCUAUUAUGUGCCCAUGGAGAGCCCAAUUCUCUCACAAGAAGGCGACGAAAUACUCUGCCAACAGGCCAUCAUAGAGCCUGCUCUGAUUUCCGAGCGGUUACAAACCCUUGCCUCUUAUAUGCUACCAAAACUCUUUUUGCCAUUCUGGUCGUUUCCACUCCUAGCGUCAGGCAAGGUCGAUCGAAAGAAGUUGGCGCAGUUUGCUGAGAAUCUCAAGCCUGGCAGCCUGGCACGUUAUGCUUCAACAGCCGUGUUACAGUCGGUUUAUUCCUCAACAGAGCUCUCAGUUGAGGAACAAGUCCUUCGAGAUGCGUGGGCCGAUUUGUUUAGCAUCGAUGCAGAGACUAUCCAGCUUUCCGAUCUGUUCUACAACUAUGGUGGUGAUUCCAUCGCAGCCAUCAACUUGGGCAACAUGCUCCGACAACUAAACUAUGCACUCUCUGUAAAUGACGUGCUCACAUACCCUUCUCUAAAGGCACAGGCCGAGCAUCUUAAACCAACAGUCACAUCCCAAGUGCGCUCACUUGAGUUUGUAGCGAGCGAGUCUGUUCAUCGCAGGCUACAGAAUGCAGGAGUCAAUCCAGAAUAUGUUGAGGAGAUCUAUCCAUGUUCUCCAGGGCAGGUAGAGUUCCUGACCCAGGGUCAUACAAAAGACCAAUUUUGGCAACUCAUGACCGUGAGACGUCUGCCUCGUGGGUUUGACCUGGAGAGGUGGAUUGACCUAACAACAAAGUUAACCAAGGAGAACCAAAUCCUUCGAGCUAUGUAUCUGCGGCAGGACGAGCAUGAUCCACUUAGCUGGGUUCAAGUGAUUCUCAAGGAUCCAAUCCUUGACCUGACGAUCAUUCAAUGCCAUACUGAAGCCGAAAAAAUCACCCGGAUCCAGGCUCACUGGGAUGAACUCUUCAAGCUCGGCAAACCCUUUGUCAGAUAUCUUAUCUUACAAUACGAUGAUGGUGCUUUGGAUCUCUGCAUCAAACUGGACCAUGCCAUGUACGAUGGGACUCUGCUGCGAAUUUUUGACGAUCAAUUCGCUGCUCUACGUGAGGGGCGAUCUCCCCCGCAAUCAACUCCGUUCAAAGAUUUUGUCGCAUAUUCUCAGCAUAAUGGCGGUGGACGCACUGCCUCCUUCUGGAAGCGGCUGCUCAAGGACAAUUAUUUCUCAUUUCCCACACAACUUUCCGCUCCCCGCGUGCGAGGCUCGAUCGUUUCCAAAUGCGAGGUGACUGUUGACCACUACGCCCAGAGUGCCGGUGUUACGCCUUCCAUUGUUUUUCAGACAGCUUAUACAAUUCUCCUGUCACAGCUCUCGAAGUCCCGAGAUGUGACCUACGACUAUCUGCUGACCGGUCGAAACGUCGACAUGGACGAUCCUCAGGCCAUCAAUGGGACCUGCGCUAAUUUCUUGCCAUUUCGCUCUUGGUUCGACUCCGACACGCAUAUUUACAGCCUCUUGAAAGAUACACAGUCUCUCUUCUGGGAAAUCACUGAGAACGGCAGCGUCAGUCUCGGUGAGAUUUACAGUUUCCUAGGAGUUGAUCGUGCUGCCAACGCAGCCAAAACUCUCUUCCUCUUCCAGCCAUUUGAGCCUGCGGUCGGUGAACAGGAUCAUAUGCGCUGGAUCGUGAUGGCCAUGAGCAAGGUGACCAUGUAUGUCAACUAUGCAAUCAUGUUUGAAGUUUUCAAGGAUGUGCAUGGCCAUCGUCUCAAGCUGCAGUACGACGAUAGGGCUUUCACUCAUGAUGAAGCACAAGCUGUUAUGACAUUAUAUCAACGCAUCGUGGAAUUAAUGGUAGAAAGGGGGGAUAUUGCUGUCGAUGGACUUCUCUAUUGA